UUGCUUUUAUUGCGCUUUCUCAUCGCCCGCAGUGGAGAAUAAAUCCCCGAUCCAGCACUCGUUUUUGUCUACGCUUCUCGUCCGUUCCAGACCGAGCUGGGGAUAGAGAGUAAUGCGAUUCUCGCGGUUGCUGUGCUGCGGUGGACCUGACGACAAUGGCGAAAAGGCCAGCCCUUCUCCACCCCCGGCAUACCGCAGCAUCGACGGCAAUCCAGACGCCUCGAAGCAGUCCCUCCCCAUCCCCCAGCACACGCGGAUAGCCUUUAACAUAUCGCCGCCCGCCACACUGCCCAGCGAUCCUGAUGCGAUUGCCGGAAAGGCGAACACCCUCGCUUCCCAGGGCAGGGGGGAUUUACGCAGCCACGACAGCCAUGACGCCCACGAACACGAAAGGAACAGGGGCCUGCAUCGUUCGCGGUACCAGGGCCCGGCGCAGAAGAUGCCUGGGAAUACCUUCCUCAUGCCUAACGGCCAGGAAAUCACGCUGAAUACCAACGAUGAUCUUGUCCAGGCGACGCUUGCGGCUGCGCAGACGAGCGAUCAGGCCCUGGAUCAAUGGCUCGAUAUGGGCUAUGGCAUUGAGAUCAGAGACUCGAAGAAGCGGACGGCUGCCAUGUGGGCCGUGCUGCAGAAUCGGCCCGAGGCAGUACGUCGCUUGGUCGAGAGGGGUGCGCAGGUGAACCUGGCCACCGCCCAAUCAUCUACGGAAUUGCACCAUGCGGUGUCGGAGGGGGAUCGGAAGAGGGUGGCCACGCUUCUGCAGUACGGGGCGGAUGUCAAUGCCGCGGACGAGGAUGGCAAUACCCCCCUACACUGCGCGCUGAACCGCUGGUUGAAGACGGAUCAGCGCGAGGAUUUCUCCGUCAUCAAGUCCCUGGUGGGCAAAGGGGCGAAUCUGGAAGCUCACAACCGGUAUGGCAACACGCUGUUGCAUGAAGCAUGCAUCUACGCUGAUGGGGUGCGCCUGAGAUUCAUGGCCGGCUCCAGCGGCCCAUCACCGACAGCCACCUCCCGCCGUCUCGCGAUGGCUACGGCCCUUCUCGAUCUGGGCAUGCCCGUCGACACCCGUGAUAAAUGGGGCUCCACGCCCCUGCUGCGCUGCUGCACGAUGCAAUCGCCAGACCGUGAUGUCAUUGCCCUCUUGCUUGACAGGGGAGCGGAUGUAAACGCCCCGAAUAACCAUGGCGACACCCCGCUGGACACCGUCUGUUUCCAACCGGAUACUGAGCUGCUGAAACAGGUGGCGGCGAGUGUUCUUCAUAUCGAUGCCGAUGCCGAUACCAAUGCCAAUGCCAAUACCAGUGCCAAUGCAAACGAUGAUGACAACGCCAACGACAACGCCAACGACAAUGACAACGACAACGACAACGACAAACUUAAUUCCGAUAAUGAUGAUGAAACCCACGAUGACGACAAUGGUCAAGUCAUCGAUAACCAACCGGACCCCGCAACGGCCGCCCUCUUCAACAAACCCACCGUCCUCUCCACACCCCUGCACUACGCCGCCCAGCACAGCGGCCCCGAUCGUCUCCUCUUCCUCCUCACCCACGGCGCAAACCCAAGCACGCCCACCUACGCAACCGGCGCCACACCGCUCCAUCUCCUCGCUUCCUCCAAACCCAGCACGACAGACAAGCCCUCCCCGCCCUCUCCCUCCACACCAACAGUAACAACAACCAAGACCCUCGCCCCUGCGACCGACCACAUCACGCAAAAAAUCCACCUCCUAAUCAGCCACGGCGCCGACGUCAACGCGCGCGACCUCACCGGAGCGACGCCGCUGCACUACGCGGCGCGCAACGUCGAGUCGCGCUAUCAGGAGCGCAUCGUCGCGGCGCUGCUGGCCGCGGGCGCGGAGCCGGACUGCAAGGAUGCCAAGGGCCGCACGCCGCUCCGGGAGCUGGAGGGGUAUUGGGUGCUCAAGGGCGCGGUGGUGAAGAGGCUUCUAGAGGCUGGGGCACAGAAAGAGCCGGGCAUGGAGGGAUUAGGUGCGUUUGAGUAUAUGGAUCGAGAUCGGCGAGAGGGAGGAUAUGAGUGAAGCAAGGGUGAGUAUAAUAAUAGAGGGAGUUGGGGGAGCGGCAUUUUGUUUUUUAUCUCUUUAAUUUUUAUAAUAUAUCUUUUGAUGAAUUUUUUUAUUUUUUAUAUUUUAUAUUUUAUUUUAUUUCUUUUUAAAUUAUUUCUUAUGUUUUAUGUGUUAGUUAGUGGCUUACUCUUUUGUAAUAUGUUUUUACCAAGUUUC